CUCAGCCACAACAGGGCUGCCGCCUGCGGGCUAUGACUGACUUGGCAGUUUGGCGGCUACGUACGUACACAGUACACAGUGAGAGUUGAAAGAGAGACCGAGCACAUCACCUCAGCACCACACCCACCGACCCAGUCCAGCCGACGCGGCCCAUUCACUCUGCUGCAAUUGUGAAUCAAUGUGUGCCUGAACCCUCUCUGCUCCCCGGAGAUAUCAGAGAUGCGCAUUUGAAAUUGCCAACCUCUGCUUCACCGACUUUCGACCCAUCCAUACGACCAUACGCCACGUCCCAAUGCGCCCCCCGCAAACCGUCAUUUCUCGAACCCAAUUUAGCCCAAGUUUCGGAACAAGCCCGACAGACAGCCUGAGAGACAAAACAAUCAACCUACGAGCAGAGGGAAGAACCUCUCGCUGAACCCACGGAGUUCUGGCCACUAAUCAGCAGGGGAAAAGAAAAGAAAAUGCCUUCUAUCCUGUCCGACGAAGACAAGGAAACCGUCAAGCGGCAAGUCCCCAAGCAGUCCAACAAGAUCCAGGCAGUAGCCGUCGCCCAACUCUAUGUGGCAUAUCCCAAUCGCCAGAGAUGGACAUACACAGGAUUGCAGGGAGCCGCCGUUCUGGCCAAUGAUCUCGUGGGAAAUACAUACUGGUUGAAGAUGGUGGAUGUAUCUGUACGUCAAACUUCUGAGCAGACUACCGGGAAUGAGUACUGACAAGUGGUAGCCCGCGCAAAGAGGUGUGAUAUGGGAUCAGGAAAUAUACGAUACCUGGACAUAUAACCAGGAUCGCACUUUUUUCCAUACCUUCGAACUCGAAGACUGCCUGGCCGGUCUCUCUUUUGUGGACGAGAAGGAAGCCAAGACCUUCCUGAAGAAGAUGAAUGAGCGGGAGAAGAAUGCCAGUAAAGCGACCAAGGCAAAUCCAUUUGGGGGCGGAGGAAUACAAGGUGGACAUCGACAUCAUGGCUUAUUAGGAGGUCUGUUUGGAGGACAUAGACAUUCAUCCGCUCCUUCGAUACAGCCGACCCCUCCAGAAUCACCAAGCUAUGCUGUGCCAGCAGCCGCUGCAGCACCAGGUAAUAGGCUUUCUGGAGGUAGUUUUACUGGAGGAAGAUCACAAUUUGCCGCGCUGGAUGCCAUUGAUCCCAACUGGAGGAUAACCUGGGGCGACGAUUUGAAGCGAAUGGGAAUCACAGACGACCUCAUUCGAGAUAACCAGGACUUUAUUGCGGAUUAUAUAAGAGAACAGCAAGCCCUCCAAGCUCAAGCUUUGGCCAUUGCGAAUGGAGAUGAAAACCAUAGGAUAAAAGCUCCUCCACCCCCACCACCGGCUGCAGCUCCUUCUAUAACGAGUUCCGUGAGCUCUGUAACUCAACAUGUAACGGGCGGCAGAGGUCCACCACCACCACCUCCUGCACCAAGGAGAUCCAAGGCCGAUGUGCCCAGAGAGCCAACUCCUCCUCGCGAUUCUUCUCCCCCUCGGGCUGCCCCAAUGAGAUUUGCUGCACCGCCUCCAUUUGCGGAUGCUGGAAAGUUUGCCAAUACUAACCAAAAGCCAACCCUACGACCUCAUAAAAACUCGCUUUCCAAUCCUGGACCACCUCCGCCUCCGAGACCUGCAAAAACUCCAAUGGAUGAUUCUUAUGAGCCAGGGGAAUCUGGUUCUAAAUUCGGUGUCCCACCACCAUUUAUGGGCGAACGAAAGUUAGGACCUCCAACUCCAAGUCGCGGCGGUCCCCCACCUCCUCCUCCACGAGAUCUAGGGCAACACAAUCAUCAAUCUCAUGCUGUCGCUCCUGCACAUGUACCCCCGCCUCCAUUACCACCCAAAGCAGCUUCUUCGGCACCCCCUCCUUUACCACCGCCUUCAACGCGUCCCAUACAACAUGUUUCACGAGACAGUGGACCUCCUCAACCUCCUCCUCUACCCCCAACAGCCGCUCCAUCCCUACCUCAGUCAAGCCCGCCCCCUCCUCCUCCUAUGCCUCAAACACGAGCACCUCCCUCCCAACCUCCAAUGCCUCCACCAAUGCCGAAUUCAAAUGCCCCUCCUCCACCGCCUAUGCCACAAUCAAAUGCUCCCCCACCUCCUCCAAUGCCGAAUUCAAAUGCUCCCCCACCUCCUCCAAUGCCGAAUUCAAAUGCUCCUCUGCCUCCUCCAAUGCCGAAUUCAAAUGCUCCUCCGCCUCCUCCGAUGCCAAAUUCAAGCGCUCCCCCGCCUCCUCCAAUGCCAAAUUCAAACGCACCGCCUCCACCACCUCCUCCAAUGCCAUCUUUCGGCGGACCACCUGGACCCCCUCCCCCACCACCUCCAGCAGCGAACCGGGAUUCCGGCUAUCAAUCAAGUGCCCCAGCACUUCCUCAACCAACGGGCGAUCGCGCAAACUUACUCGCGGGUAUCCAGCAGGCAGGUGGUAUCGGUGCAUUAAAGAAAGUGCCCAAGUCGGAGGUUCGUGACAGAAGCAGUGCUAUGGUUCCUGGAGGUGCAGAUUCGGGUCCAGCUGGAAGUGGAAUGCCUCCUGCUGGAUCUACUACUGGCGGUGGUGGUGGACUGGCCGAUGCUCUAGCAGAGGCCUUGAAUAAGAGGAAGCAGAAGGUUAGCGCUAGUGGUAUGUUUACAUUUUCUUUUCUCCCUACGACACUUCUUUCUUUAGAAUUGAUAAACUGACUCCAUCACAGAUGAUGAGGCAGACGAAGACGAUUGGUAGGUCUGAUGUUCAGGGAAGUUUUUUCAAGUCUCUCUUCUCAUUCAGUCAUUGAGGGACGGAAAGGGAAAAGUUCAGUAUAAAUAUUUUGGGGGAGGUUUUUUGUGAGAGUGGAAAUUGAGGCGUUUUG